AUGACAGUCGAAAGCGACACCGUGGCCGGCGCCACAAUCGAACUCCUGGAAGCACGCCUUCGUCGACUCUCCUAUCUCCUAACCGGUAGCUCAGACUGGAUAGGAGUCCCGAACACACCGUCAAAGCCAACCACACACGACGAAACAAUCUCCCGACGCCUCGCCCGACUGGAAAAAGAACUAGAGAAACUAAGCAAAUCCGUGCCCGCCGUCCGGGACAUCAUCCAACUCCAAGACCAAAACAAAACCCUCUUCCACCCAGAACCCACCACAGAAACAAUCCCGGAAGGCCUAACCCCACAAACCCUAACCUCAAUCAUCCUCUCCUACGCCAGCGCCUUCCCCGAAACCUCCUCACGUCUAACAUCACUAAACGACCUCCCGAUCCCCGACGCGCAGAGCUCGGCCGCGCUAAUCGAGCUCCAGCCCGCUCUCGACCGCGCUGCGGGAAAACAGGCUGAGCAGGCGGCGGCUAUUUCGGAAUUGAGGGUUCGCACGGCGCGGGUGCUGCAGCGGUGGUAUGAGGUUGGGCUUGUUGGAAGUGGGGAGGCUUGGGCUGAGUGGGAGGGACGGCUUGAGGGGGUUGAGAGGGAGGUGCGUAGGAGGGAGGUUUUUAGGGAGAGGAGGGAGAAUGAGAUUUGA